UCAGUGGCUCGCGGCGGCUGCGGUCACCCGGCUGCCUGGGCCGCGUCCCGGAAUAUGCACGGUGGGAGUGGUCACCCAGUCCAGCAGGGGUCGGGGGCGGUGAGGCGUCCCCUAGCGUGGCGCUCAGGGAGGGGCGAAGCUGUUAGGGGGCACCGCGGCGUGUCCCUGCGGCGGCAGCCUCAGCAGUGCAGCCCCUCGCCGGCGGCACUCCGCCCCGAGGCGCGGUGGGAAACCUGCAGCCGCCUAGGGGCGCCCCACCUCCCUCCCCCGCCGCGGGGACACCUCCCAGUCGGAGAACAGCACCACCCGCGCGGAGACCUGCCCUUUAAGCCCGCGCCCCGGAAGCGGUAACGCGACUGCGCCGGGACCGGAAGUGGGGCGGGCGGCGGGCGGCCGGCUCCGAAGCUGCCUCGGCGGCCGGGCGGGCUGCCGUCGCUGUCGCGUCCGGGUGGUGACUCAGGCUCGGACUGGCCCGGCGCGGCUUCGGGGCUGCCCAUGGGGAGCGGGGGGCCGGGCCGGUGACGCCGGACGCCCAUGGACGCCGCUGAGGAGCCGCUGCCGCCGGUGGUCUACACCAUGGAGAAUAAGCCCAUCGUCACCUGUGCUGGAGAUCAGAAUCUGUUCACCUCUGUUCACCCAGUGCUUUCCCAGCAGCUUCCCAGAGAACCGAUGGAGUGGAGAAGGUCCUAUGGCCGGGCUCCAAAAAUGAUUCACCUGGAAUCCAGCUUUGUUCAAUUCAAAGAGGAGCUGCUGCCCAAAGAAGGAAACAAAGCCCUACUUACCUUCCCCUUCCUCCACAUUUAUUGGACAGAAUGCUGCGAUACUGAAGUGUAUAAAGCUACGGUAAAAGACGACCUUACCAAGUGGCAGAAUGUUCUGAAAGCCCAUAGCUCUGUGGACUGGUUAAUAGUGGUAGUUGAAAAUGAUGCCAAGAAAAAAAACAAAACCAACAUCCUUCCCCGAACUUCUAUUGUGGACAAAAUAAGAAAUGAUUUUUGUAAUAAACAGAGUGACAGGUGUGUCGUGCUCUCUGACCCUUUGAAGGACUCUUCUCGAACUCAGGAAUCCUGGAAUGCCUUCCUGACCAAACUCAGGACAUUGCUUCUUAUGUCUUUUACCAAAAACUUAGGCAAGUUUGAAGACGACAUGCGAACCUUGAGGGAGAAGAGGACUGAGCCAGGGUGGAGCUUCUGUGAAUAUUUCAUGGUUCAGGAAGAGCUUGCCUUUGUGUUUGAGAUGCUGCAGCAGUUUGAAGAUGCCCUGGUGCAGUAUGAUGAGCUGGACGCCCUGUUUUCUCAGUAUGUUGUCAACUUCGGCGCUGGGGAUGGUGCCAACUGGCUGACUUCCUUCUGCCAGCCGGUGAAGAGCUGGGACGGAUUGAUCCUCCGGAAGCCCAUAGAUAUGGAGAAACGCGGCUUGAUCCAGAGGCAGGAGGCUGCCCUCCUGGACCUGCGCAGCUACCUCUUCUCCCGCCAGUGCACGCUGCUCCUCUUCCUGCAGAGGCCUUGGGAGGUGGCCCAGCGCGCCCUGGAGCUGCUGCACGGCUGCGUGCAGGAGCUAAGGCUGCUGGAAGUCUCCGCCCCGCCUGGCGCUCUGGACUGCUGGGUGUUUCUGAGCUGUCUGGAGGUGCUGCAGAGGAUGGAAGGCUGCUGUGACCGGGCACAGAUAGACUCGAAUGUUGCCCACACUGUGGGUUUGUGGAGCUAUGCCACAGAAAAGCUAAAGUCCUUGGGCUAUCUGUGUGGACUUGUGUCAGAAAAAGGACCAAACUCAGAAGAUCUCAAUAGGAUAGUUGAUCUCUUGGCAGGCUUGGGAGCUGAGCGACCCGAGACAGCCAACACAGCUCAGAGUCCUUAUAAGAAACUCAAAGAAGCAUUAUCAUCAGUAGAAGCUUUUGAAAAACACUACUUAGAUUUGUCCCAUGCUACCAUUGAAAUGUAUACAAGUAUCGGGAGGAUUCGAUCUGCUAAGUUCGUCGGAAAGGAUCUGGCAGAGUUUUACAUGAGGAAAAAGUCUCCACAAAAGGCAGAAACCUAUCUUCAAGGAGCAUUGAAAAACUACCUGGCUGAGGGCUGGGCACUACCCAUUACGCACACAAGGAAGCAGUUAGCCGAAUGUCAGAAACUCCUGGGGCAAGUUGAAAACUACCUGCAGACCAGCAGCCUUUUAGCGAGUGAUCCACAUUUAACUGCCGAAGAACGGAAACACUUCUGCCAAGAAAUACUCGAUUUUGCCCGGAGACAGGCAGACAGCCCAGGUCACAAAAUCGUGCUUCCUAUGCACUCUUUUGCACACCUGAGAGAUCUCCAUUUUACUCCUUCCAACGCCGUGGUCCAUGUGGGGGGUGCUCUGUCUGUGGAGAUAACUGUGUGCAGUCAGAUGCCCGUCCCUGUCCCCGUGGAGCAGAUCGCUGUCAGCAUCCACUUCAGCGUCGAGAAGAACAACUACCGGAAGACCGCAGAAUGGCUUACCAAGCACAAGACGUCCCACGGGGGUGUUAACUUCCCGGCGGAGACCAUGCCGUUCCCCACGUCCCAGAACAGCUUGCCAGCGCUGGAGCUGCAUGAGAUGUUUGAAAGGAGUCCUUCUGACAAUUCCUUAAACACGACAGGGAUCAUAUGCAAAAAUGUCCACAUGCUUCUAAGGAGGCAGGAAAGCAGCGCUUCCCUGGAAGCACCGUCAGGUGUGGCUCUGGAGGACGGGGCACACGUGCUCCGGUGCAGCAGUGUGACGCUGGAGCCGGGGGCCAACACUGUGACGUUCAGGACGCAGGCCAAGGAGCCGGGAACAUACACGCUGCGGCAGCUGUGUGCCUCGGUGGGCCCUGUGUGGUUCGUGCUGCCCCCCAUCUACCCCCUGGUGCAGUAUGACGUGUACUCCCAGGAGCCACAGCUGCGUGUGGAGCCGCUAGCUGAUAGCCUUUUGGCUGGUAUUCCUCAGAAGGUCAAGUUCACUGUCACUACUGGCCAUUAUACAGUAAAAAACGGGGACAGCCUCCAGCUCAGCAAUGUGGAGGCCAUGCUCAUCCUGUGUCACACAGAGAACAGAGCCGUGAUCUAUUCUAACGCAAGAGAAAAGGCUUCUGAUGCGUCGCUCUGGGUCCAGUCAUCUGACAAGGUCACGAGCAUCGGUCUGCCUGCCGCACCUGCAUACCACCUGAUUGAGUUUGAGCUGGAAGUUCUCUCUUUACCUUCAGCUCCAGUAACUAGAGGGGAGAGCAGUGUGCUGGGGAUGACAGAGCCCCACAGGAAGCAUAAGAACACACAGGAAACUGGCCACUGCAUGGCUACCACGGACCACAAAGUGUCCAUCGACUGCCCAUGGUCCAUCUACUCCACCGUCAUCGCACUGACAUUCAGUGUGCCCUUCAGGACCACACACACUCUGCUGUCAGCUGGCACACGGAAGUAUGUUCAAGUUUCCGUCCAGAAUUUGUCAGAACUUGACUUUCAGCUGUCAGAUAGUAAUCUUGCAGAUAUUGGUGAUAGUACCGACUUGCAACUGAUUCCGCUGAACACAAGAUCCCAGCAGCCUCUCCGCAGCAAGCAGUCGGUGUUCUUCGUCUGGGAGCUGAAGUGGGCGGGAGUGCCCCCGCCUCCGCUGCGUGGCCAGUUCUCCGUGGGCUUCUCCCCAGCUUCUGCCAAGCAGCUGUCUAUCUCCUUAAAGCCGUAUACUUAUGACUUCCAAGUGGAAAACUUUUUCACACUGUAUAAUGUGAAGGCUGAGAUACGGCCACCCUUGGGGGCGGAGCUCUGUAGGACUGGCUCGCUGUGCUCCUUGGAGGUGGCCAUCACGCGGCUAUCCGACCUCUUGGAGGUGGACAGGGAUGACGCGCUGACGCAAUCUGAUGAGUACUUUUCAACAAAGCUGCUGUACGAAGUUGUGGACAACAGUAGCAAUUGGGCAGUGUGUGGGAAAAGCUCUGGUGUCAUCGCCAUGCCCGUGGCUGCCCAGGCCACUCACAGAGUGCACAUGGAGGUCAUGCCCCUCUUUGCGGGUUACCUGCCGCUUCCUGACGUCAGGCUGUUUAAAUACCUCCCACAUCAUUCUGCGCACUCCACCCAACUGGACGCUGAUAGCUGGAUAGAAAACGACAGCCUAUCGGUGGACAAGCACGUGGAUGACCAGCCGGACAGCAGCAGCAUCAAGAGCAGGGGCAGCGUGCACUCGGUCACCAGCAGCGAGCACAAGGGCUUGCCCAUGCCUCGGCUCCAGGCGCUGCUGCCUGGCCAGGUCUUCAACUCCAGCACAGGGGCACAGAUCCUGGUCAUCCCCAGCAGAGACGACCAUGUCCUCGAAGUCAGUGUCACAUGACGACGCCUCUGGCCGACCUACACCUCGGGCCUGUGCGAGGGUGCCGAGGGGUCCUGACUCAGUUGCUCUCCAUUGUAACAUGCUAGCUCUAACCAGACUUUUGGGGGUUCCGCUUGGCCACGGAAACAUCCGAGAAUUUCAGUGUACAGCUGGGCAGCUGGGUUAUGUCAUUAUUUUUGUGUUGUUUGUGGUGUCCGUUUACUUAUUUUUCUCAUCUCCCUGCCUGUGUCGGGUGCCCUCCAGUGUUUGCCCAGAGCGCGCUUCCCCCACCCGUCACCCUGCCCUGCUCCUGGAAGAGGUGCUGAGUGCUCUCACCUGAGUGCCUCUCACCUGCUGGGUCUCUGUGGAAGUCCAUGUGUCUUUCAGGUGAUGCUCAGCAGGUGUUAGUCUUGUUGGCGGCAUGUGUGUGCCUUUCUGUUCACACAGCUGCCCAAUUCCUGGACCAGGUGAAUUUGUAAGUCUCCUAAGGGGUCCAACACAGUUCUGUAUCCCAGAUCUUCUAGUUGUGCUUUUCUAGUGACUCCCUUUUAG